CUGCAGCCUGAGGCCACCACUCCCCUCCUCCGGAUCGCAGCAGCCUCCUCGACGCGCUCCGGCUCCUGCGCCUCAGUUCGGUGUGUGCGCGAGCGGCGGCUCCUCCGGGCCGGCUCUGGUUCUGGAGCUCAGCAUGGGCCCGUGGACUCUGGUGCUGCUGCAGCUCUCUGCGCUGGCUGGGCCUCUGUGGGCUCAGGGCGCUGAUCCGGACGGUGCCAUCAGCCCCCAGGACUGCAGCCUGGACUGCAUUCAGCAGGGAGGACCUUCAUGUGAAUACUGCAGAAUAACCAGAAGCGACGUGAAGAAGGCUCUGGGUUUCAGCUCCCUCCAAGCGUUUGGAAAUUGCGUUCCCUGGCCAUGUUUCGAGCUGCUCAGAGACCCUAAGAUCUGCCGGCACUACGUCCAGGCGCCCAACGAGGUGAAGGUGGAGUUUGUGAACGAACCGAACCCCAAGUCUGACACGGUGGUGGUCUCCUGGAAGCCCAGCUACUACGGGAUCGCCUUCCUGCGAGGCUUCCAGGUGUCGCUGCAGGCUCUGGGCGGCACCGGCGUCGCCUGUCAGCUCUUCCUCUUCCAUCGAAACGUCUCCUUACCGGCGUCUCAUGCUCAGAGGGUGUACACGUCGGACCCGUUCCCCGGCCUCGCCCUCGGAACCCAGUACGCCGUCACCGUCAUGGCCCUGCCGGUGCCCGAGAAGUGGGAGAAGUUCUACCACAGCGAGAUCUUCUCCACGCGAUCUUGUACGGAGAAGAACGGUCUGGAGCAGUGCAAGAAAGACUGGUAUCCCAAACACAUUGAGGUCCAGCAGGAAGGAAGCGCCGUCACCGUGACCUUCAACCUGGCUCCUCCUAACCUGGGCAUCAGCAGCUACUUCUCUCUGUGUUACGCAAACGGCAUGAAGAAAUACACGGACAUCACACCUAAUUCCACCAAAAACAAAACCCACCACAGUUAUCAUCUGGACGACCUGCAAGAAGGAACCAACUACACCUGCGAGAUCGCAGCCAACGAAGUGGAUGCUGUGAGAAAAACAUUCAGUGUUCAGGUGCUGCGCAUUCAUAAAGGUGGCGUUCCACUUUCUACCACUCCGUCGCUGGCCGUGGUGCUUCCACUGUGUCUGGCUGUCGUUGCCAUACUGGGAGUCCUGCUGGUUGUCUUCGCCAGGAGGAGGUCGAAGCUGCGCAUGAAGAAACUCGACAUUAAACCAGGUGCAAAGACAAAUCCAGCCACUGUUUUGACUCAUAUUAUCAAGCAGCACGAAGAGAGCAGGACUCAGGAGGAGAUGGUGUUGUUGGCCAGAAACAGGCUGAAACCUCCACGUCUCCUGAUUUGCUACAGCAGCUGUGAUGGUCCAGCUCACAUCAACGCCGUCAUGAAGCUCGGAGCCUUCAUACAGCAGCACAUGGCCACUCAGGUGUGCUUGGACCUGUGGGACUCUCUGAGCGUGGCUCAGGAGGGCAGCAUGGCCUGGCACUGCCGCCACAUCCGGGAAUGCGACUUCAUCUUGGUGAUCUGUUCUUGGGGUCUAAACCAAAAACCAGAACCUCCGGAGCCAGAGUGGGACGGUGAAGAUGAGGAGGCAGAAAGAGAGCUAGACUUUGGGUCCGACGCCGCCGUCAAACUCAUCGGAGAGGAGGUGUGUCGAGCCAAAGCCAGGGGUCAGGACCUGUCCAAAUACAUGGCAGCCAUUUUCAAGUACUCUGAGGAGACGGACAUCCCCACCGAGCUGAGGCUGGUGUCGCACUACACGCUCACAAAUGACCUGGCGCUGCUCUUCUCCCACCUCCACGGAGUGGCCCUGCACAGGCCGGGGGGUUACCUGAAGAUCAGCCACAUCUCAGAGGAGAGCUACGCUAACGUGCCGGCCGGCGCCGCUCUGCAGUGGGCCAUCGAUGAGGCCGCGAUGGAAAUGAGGGCAAAACAGCAGAACUCUGUGGAGGAAGGAAACUGAGCAGUGAAAAAGGGGACUCUUUACACCCGGAUUUAAAGGUCCCAUAAUGUACCUUCACAAAUUCGUCAAAGUCUCACAUGUCCCCGCCAUGUGUCUUGCCCUUUUCAGCUCAAAAUACUGCAAAGAUGGUUCAUUUUAUACAACGUCUGGUCUUAGCCCUGUUCUAGUUGGGCUGUUUUAGCGCCUGUAGCUUUAAAUACAGCUGAGCCACUGCUGUCCCCGCCCCCUUCAGGAAGAAGACUCCCUCUGUUCGGUUACUGACAGAGCAGAGCGGCACCGUCGACUCCAAGUUCUCAACAAACCCUUUUAUUUAACUCAUGUUUGGUGAGUUUACCAUGAAGGUUUUAAAAUCAGUACUUUAGCUGCUAACUAUUUUGUACUCGUCUGACAACAGAACAAAUAUGUAAAUGACAACAGCUUCAUUGGAAAUCCAACCGUUUUACGAUACAGUGCACGUGAGCACAGGGAGCAGGAGAGAAGGGCCGCAACCAGGUGAGUUCAUGGAAACACAGACACCCACCCCGUCCUUACUUAUGGGUUUCGAGUUAGUCUUAAAGGUUCCACCAUCUCUAAAAGUCCCUCGUCACUUACAGAUUCCACGUAGUUCUGACCCGUGGGCGGACCAUCAGAUCUAAUGGUGACGUUAGCCGCAUUAGCCACACAACGUGCACUGAGGAGUUUCUUAUUGUUGUGGGCACAUUGCCAUCAAAAAUAGCCGUAAUCCGCUGGGUGUUCAGUUCCUCAGAUGCUGGCAGUGCAUGAAGACUCUUGUGUUCACUCUUGCAGCCAACAGCAGAACAUUUGGUGAGUUGUGAGGAAGCUGCUAAUUAUCACCUGGAAUCAGUGAGAAGAUGGAAAUAUUUAGCUCGGUGACUAUUUGUUCCUCGGUUUCCGUGUAGAAACUGGAUAAUAUAUCAUAUUUUUCACAGCUUUUAUUUUACACCUGCGAGUUUCUAGCUCAUACAAAACACAACAAAAAACGAUUUCCGCCUUAAAGGACCUUUAAUGGUAGUUCUGAGCUCCGUAUAGAAGAAAGGUUGGUCUGCAGAUGGGCGUUCUGGCUGGAAAAUGAGUUUCACCACUGAAAAGUGGGUAACACAUGUACAGUCCCUGAUGGUGCGCCCUGAAGCAGCCGACCGACUAACCACCGACGCCUCAUUACUGUUGCAGUGGCUGCAACGAUGCACUAUAGCCUCUGAAGUGUGUUAACGUGCUACACAUAUGUGUGUAACGUGUGCGUCCAGUAACAUGUGUCAUGACUAAAAAAAAAAAAAAAAAAGUUUCCAAUUUAUUUUGUUGCAAUGACAUGUACAAUUCUUUUUUUUUAAAAAAUGAAAUUAAACAUUUGUAAAAUAUGCACUGUACAGAAAUAAACUAUUAUUCUUAUAAACGAGUUACUCAAUGAAAAUGCUUAUCUUGAAGUACAUAUUGAACUUUGUAUACAUGCAUGUUUACAGUCACGGUUUAUUUAUUUGUGUGCAUAUCCCAUAUACAUAAAAAUGGAUUAUUAGGUCCGAUCAUUUUGAAUUUUAUGCUAAUGUGAGGUUACACAUAUGAAUAAAUGUUGUUCGCUGUCUUUGUAUUUUACAUCAUAUUUGUAUCUCUGUGCAUCUAAUAAAGCAAAUAUAUUAAAUAUAA